UUUCCCAGCUCCUUUUCCCUUCACAGGCUCCACAAUUUCACUGCGCGGCUAUUGGUGUGCACCAAGCCACGCAGAAGCGCCGCUGGUCCUCGCACGAUUUGAAUGCCUGCAGCGCAGUAGCGAGUGUGUGCGCUGCGCGUCUGAGCCCUUUUCUCUUGCACCACCUCCCCGCGUGUCGCACUCGCGCCAUUUAAGCGCUACGUGCUCAGCUCGGUAGCGAGGGGAGACGCCAGCUGCCGCGCACCGGUUUGUCCGGCGGCGGGUCGGCGCGGAGCAUGGCGGUGGUGUUAGCGGGCGGCGGCGGCAGCAGCAGCAGCAGGGCGAGAGCGGCGGAGCAGGCGAGGCUGCCGUGGCGGGAGCAGGAGCCGAGGAGCCCCGACAUGGCCGCGCCGCCGCGCCGGCAGAGGCCGGCGAGGGCAGCGGUCGUGUACUACCUCUCGAGGAACGGGCACCUCGAGCACCCGCACUUCAUGGAGGUCGCGCUCUCCUGCCCCGACGGCCUCUACCUCCGAGACGUGAUCGUCCGGCUCGACGCGCUGAGGGGCAAGGGCAUGGCGCGCAUGUACUCGUGGGCGUCCAAGAGGAGCUACCGGAACGGGUUCGUGUGGCACGACCUGGCAGACGACGACUACAUCCACCCGGUGAUCGGCCGGGAGUACGUGCUCAAGGGCACCGAGCGCCUGCACCCGGCGGCGCCGCCGCCCCCGCUGCUCGACGCGGCCGCCGCGUCCUCGUCCUCGUCGGGCUCGCAGGAGACGCCCACCUCGACGUCCUCCGCCAGGUGGGAGGCGCGCGGCGGGCCGGCGCACCGGAAGAAGAGCGCCAGCUCGUGCGGAGCGGCCGAUGAGCUCGGCGAGUACGUGGUGUACAAGGGCGAGGAGCGCGCCGCGGACGCCGCGACGCAGACCGAGGACGACGUCGGGCGCGGCCGCGGCCACCCGAGGCGCGCCAAGGCUCCCGCCGCGCAGGACGAGCUGAGCCGGGCGGAUACGUCGUCGCCGCCGACGGCGUCGACGAGCCCCGAGACGCUGGAGGCGCUGAUCAAGGCGGACGGGCGCGUCCUGGCGGCCGUCAGCGGCAGCGGCCGGGCCCGGGCGCCGUCCGUGCUCAUGCAGCUCAUCUCGUGCGGGUCCGUGUCCGUGCAGGAAGCGCACGCCUCCCCGGUGAUGCCGCGCGCUCACCGCCACCACCACCGCCGCGCCCGCCCGCCCCGCCCGCCGGCGUCCGCGGCCGCGGCGGCGGUCCCGUCCUACCGCGCGAAGAUCGUGGAGGACAAGGAGUACUUCAGCGGCAGCAUCAUCGAGACCGCGAAGCGCUCGCCGGACGACGGCGCGUCCCAGGACAUGGCCGUCCUCCGUCGCUCGUCGUCGUACAACGCGGACAGGGCGAUAAAGCUGGAGCUGGCCAAGGAGGCCGGGGACCUGCAUGACCGCUGCAUCCCGCGGAAGCCCAAGGCCAAGAAGGAAGGGUACCUGGUCAUCUCCUGCACCGCGCAGGGGAAUAACAAGGGAUGAUGACGAGGGCGGCGUCGUCGGCAUGUGGCCGUCAUCCGGCGAGCUGGCUACCGGCGCCUGUGUGGUGUGGCUUCUUGCGUAGGGAACAGUAGAUGGCUGCCCGGUGGUCCAGCUCAAUUUGAUGCCUUCUGCUUGCUAGAUACUGCCUGUGAUUCUCCGAGUUGAAGUGAGCUCUGUGCCUCUGUUGAUAUGUGUGCUGCCUCGUUCGUCUGAACUUCGUGCUGCUCUGUAAUGGGUUCUCAGUGUUAGCGUACCUAUAUGUGCCCUAGAAAAUGAAAAAUGUUAACGUACUACUGGUAUGUGCUUGAUGAAUGGGAUCCGUCCUACGGCGUGA